AUGACUCAGAUACAAGGAACAAUCUUCCCAGCACCAAAUUUCAAUCCAGUUAUGGAUGCCCAGAUGCUUGGGGGAGCCCUACAGGGAAUAGGUUGUGAAAAGGACAUGGUGAUUGAUAUUCUAACACAGCGUUGCAAUGCACAAAGACUUAUGAUUGCAGAGGCUUACAGGGACAUGUAUGGCAGGGAUUUGAUUAUGGACCUGAAAGAGAAUCUCUCUCAUCACUUCAAAGACAUUAUGGUUGGCCUGAUGUAUCCACCUGCAUCCUAUGAUGCCCAUGAGCUCUGGCAUGCCAUGAAGGGAGCAGACAUGGAAGAGAACUGUCUAAUUGAUAUAUUAGCCUCAAGAUCAAAUGGGGAGAUCUUCCAAAUGAAAGAAGCCUACUUAAUGCAAUACAACAAUGAUCUUCAACAAAACAUUUAUUCUGAGACUUCAGGCCACUUCAGAGACGCACUUAUGAACCUCGCUCAGGGAACCCGGGAGGAAGGAUAUGCAGAUCCUGCUAUGGCUGCUCAGGAUGCAAUGGUCCUAUGGGAAGCAUGUCAGCAGAAAACAGGGGAACACAAAAACAUGAUGCAAAUGAUCUUGUGCAACAAGAGUUACCAGCAGUUGUGGAUGGUUUUUCAGGAGUUCCAAAACAUCUCUGGGCAAGAUAUAGUAGAUGCUAUUAAUGAAUGUUACGAUGGAUCCUUUCAAGAACUGCUGGUAGCAAUAGUUCUCUGUGUUCGAGAUAAAUCUUCCUAUUUUGCAUAUAGGCUUUACAAUGCAAUCCAUGAGUAUGGUUUCCAUAAUAAAACUGUUAUCAGGAUUCUGAUUGCCAGAAGUGAAAUAGAUCUGAUGAAUAUAAGACAACGAUACAAAGAGAGAUAUGGGAAAUCUCUGUUUCAUGAUAUCAAACAUUUUGCUUCAGGACAUUAUGAGACAGCUUUACUUGCCAUCUGUGCUGGUGAUGCUGAAGAUUAUUAAAGGAAGAAGAUAAUGAAUUUUGAAAGCUGUAUGGAUCCAUUUUUAAUAAAAAUCCAAGCUAGACACAUUUCCUAUAACUAUUGGUUAUUCCUGCACUAUAUAAAAAAGUGGACAUAUCAAUAAUAGAUAUUUUCUAACUUUAAAUCUUUUUGAAAACAAGACAAGUAUACAAACUUGUUUUCUCAGGAAUAUGAUUUUUCCCAACUUGUGAAGAAAUGCUGUUAUUGUGAACUGCAUUAUCUAAUGUAAAAUUAAUACAAAUUCUAUUUAACUAAAAUGUAUGUGUAUUAUUUUGCCUUACGAUGGGGUUUACAGACACCACGCCAAGGGAAUGAUGGAGCAAGAAGGCCCUGCUCCUCCACAGCUGCAAAGCAUACUUCAAAUGGAAGACCUGUUUUGAAGGGGACAUUGAC